AUGAUUGCAAUUGAUUUACAGCCAUCUUUGAUGUGCACCUUGAUGAUGGUCAAGAACACUUCAAACACAUGUGGAGCAAAGCGAGAGUCAGACAUUAGUGACAGCAGUGGUGACGAAGGCUACAGCACAAAUUCCAGUCUCUUCAAGUUCUUCUCAUCACUCACCAAUGAUGUCAAGUGCCCAGUAUGCUUCGAAAUACUUGACAGACCAUUGAUGCUGACGUGUCUCCAUUCAUUCUGUACAUGUUGCUUGCAGGAAUGUUGUAAUGACAAGAGUAUCACAUGCCCUCUCUGUCGUACUGUCACCAUGCUGAAUGAAAAGGGCGUACAGGGACUGCCAAUCAACCGAGACUUGAAGAACAUAUGCGAGAAUGUUAAGAAGGCCUUUGAUCUCUGUCCAAAGUUUUGUGAUCACUGCGUCGAGAAGAAGGUCACGAGGAAGUGCGAGACGUGCAAGGUGCAUCUGUGCAAGUCGUGCUGCGACAAGCUGCACCCAGACAGGAGCAAGAGUCACACGAUCAUCGUGUCCGAUGGAACAGACACCCAAGAAGACUUUGACGUCGAUACAUUCACACCGAACGAGUUUGAUCCACCUAUUUAUUUGCCAUUCAAUGUGACGAGGAAGAGGUGCGCCAACAUAUUCCGCGAGUGGAUAAAGUCAUUGUGGUUCGCGCCAUCCGAUCUCAACCAGAACCUCUCGAUGCGAUACAUCAAGCCCGUCUACCUGCCCUAUUGGAUCUUUGAAGCACACACGCAGACCAGAUACGGCGCCACCUUCUCUGCACCCAACUCGCCUAUCAAAAAUUCGGUCAACUCUUAUAGCAACUUUGACAAGCUGUGGACGACCAAAGAGACCGUCUUCUCCAAUAGGUACCACCACGCCACCAUCGCCAACAGCUCGCUAAUAGAGCGUGACCUGUUGAUCCAAGUGCAGUCAUGGGAGCUGUCCAAUAUCCCUUCGAUUGAAAACUCCUCGCCACCCCUGGCCAAGACCCUGUCGCUGCCCUUCCUUUGCGACGAGACCACCGCCUGGAGGCGCUCGGGCGAGGUCAAGGUCAUGCUCAAGGACAAGGAGUUGUGCGAGUCGCGCAUCAGGGACAGCUGCACGAGCACCACUGUCAUCAAGGAUAGGUUUGUCGAUACGGCCAUUGUCAAGGUGGCCUCGCAGCGUGUAUUCCUUCCCGUAUACUUUGUCAAGUACGUCUACAACAAUCAGAGCUACUCGGUUAUCAUCAAUGCUCAGAACUCCAAAGUGGCUGGCAACCGACCUUACGCAGCUGGCAUUGGAGGCAUAUUCAAAAUGUUCAAGACGUCC